CUGUAGCUUUGCACCCUCGUCUGAAUAAAGGUCUUCUUGUCAGCAUUUAUCAAAUGUCAAGCUGAGCAAAUGAGCAAAAAUGCACAUGUGGACAGGUUUGAAGUGAUCCGUUGUAAUUAAGACGCUCAAAAGGCAAUACAUGCUUGGCUGCUUAUUGAUUGUAGGGUGGACGCAGGUUGCACGGGUGUGGUAUGCUACAUUUUCUUGUUUAUGUUCCUCGGGAGCAGAACCCUCGAACAGCGUCGUUGAGAUUCCUCGCUGUUCUCUCAAAACGAUAGACGUUUUAAUCAGAAAUGGGGUUAUAUGACUAAAACGAGGUUGGCUGUGUGAGUACAAAAGGGUAAAUACGACGAGAGAGCGAAAAAACACUGCAGUAUUUUCCGUUUUUCCUCCGUAGCUUCGGCCCGCUUUCGUGAAGGCGUCGGAGCUGCUUAGAAACGUACGUUUUCCGACAAAAUUGCUUUCUGACCACGAAGAAAAUGUGACAAGGCUUUGGAAAACGCGAAGAUGUUGUUCGUGAAACCGUUGUGCUACUAAGACAUGGAUUUCGUGACCAAACAUUGAUGAAAUCAAGAACUGGCUGCCGUGGAGGGUACAUAACAGGAGAAGAAGUUGCUGCAGGAUGAAAACAUGGCUGCACCCCUUCUUGCACCGCCAGGACCUGACAGCUUCAAAUACUUUACCAGGGAAUCUCUGUGUGAAAUCGAGAAGCGCAUUGCUGAGGAGAAAGCCAAGCCGCCACCUAAACCAGACAGCAGCUACCGCGACGAUGAUGACGAGAACAAGCCCAAGCCUAACAGUGACCUGGAGGCGGGCAAAAGUCUGCCCUACAUCUACGGGGACAUCCCUCCUGGAAUGGUGGCAACACCAUUGGAGGAUAUCGAUCCCUUCUACGUGAAUAAGAAAACGUUUAUAGUCCUAAAUAAAGGGAAAACAAUCUUCCGCUUUAGUGCCACACCUUCCUUGUACAUGAUAAGCCCUUUUAAUCUCGCUAGACGAAUAGCGAUUAAAAUUUUGAUACAUUCAGUAUUCAGCAUGUUCAUUAUGUGUACGAUUUUGACCAACUGUGUGUUCAUGACUUUUAGUAAUCCUCCUGAGUGGUCCAAACAAGUAGAGUAUACCUUCACUGGAAUUUAUACGUUUGAAUCAGCUGUAAAAAUCAUUGCCCGUGGAUUCUGUAUAGAUGACUUCACAUUCCUUAGAGAUCCAUGGAACUGGCUGGAUUUCAUGGUCAUCUCGAUGGCAUAUGUAACAGAGUUUGUGGACCUGGGGAAUGUAUCUGCGCUGAGAACAUUCAGAGUUCUCCGAGCAUUGAAAACUAUCUCUGUCAUUCCAGGUCUGAAGACCAUUGUUGGCGCUUUGAUCCAGUCGGUGAAGAAGCUGUCAGAUGUGAUGAUCCUCACCGUUUUCUGCCUCAGUGUCUUUGCCCUCAUUGGUCUGCAGCUCUUCAUGGGAAAUCUGCGGCACAAGUGUGUCAUCUGGCCCAUCAACAUCACAGAACAAUACCAGGCCAAUGGCAGCCAUGCAUUCAACUGGGAUGAUUACAUCAUGAAUGAGACUAAUUUCUACUUCCUGCCAGACCAGUCGGAUGGUCUUCUGUGUGGAAACAGUUCUGAUUCAGGUCGCUGUCCUGAAGGCUACACAUGCAUGAAGGCUGGUCGCAAUCCAAACUAUGGGUACACCAGCUUUGACAGUUUUGGCUGGGCUUUCCUGGCUCUGUUCCGCCUUAUGACGCAGGACUAUUGGGAGAACUUGUACCAGCUGACCCUGAGAGCAGCAGGGAAGACCUACAUGAUUUUCUUUGUGCUGGUGAUCUUUGUUGGUUCAUUCUACCUUGUGAAUUUGAUCCUGGCUGUGGUGGCCAUGGCAUAUGAGGAGCAGAACCAGGCCACUAUGGAAGAGGCGGAGCAAAAGGAGGCAGAGUUUAAAGCCAUGUUAGAACAGCUGAAGAAACAGCAGGAGGAGGCGCAGGCUAAUGCCAUGGCGACAUCGGCGGGGACGGUGUCUGAGGACGUGGUGGAGGAUGAUGGUGAUGGAGGUGGGAACUUGUCAUGCAGCUCAUCUGAGAUGUCUAAACUGAGCUCCAAGAGUGCCAAAGAGCGACGCAACCGCAAGAAGAAGUGGCGGCAGAAAGAGCAGGACAAGGAGAAAGGGGACAGUGAGAAGUUUGUCAAAUCUGAAUCGGAUGAUGGAAGCAGGAGGAGCAGAUUCCGUUUUCCUGACAACCGUUUAGGACGUAGAAGUUCUAUAAUGAACCAGUCUCUGCUCAGCAUCCCAGGCUCACCAUUCCCUUCAAGACGCAACAGCAAGAGCAGCAUCUUCAGCCGCUGUAAGGACGGAGGCUCCGAGAACGAGUUUGCAGAUGAUGAACACAGCACGGUCGAGGAGUACGACGAGCGGCGCGAUUCUUUCUUAAGCCCGCAACGUCGCAGCAGCUACACGGGUUACUACGGCAAGCGCAACAGCACAGUGGAUUGCAAUGGAGUGGUCUCUCUCAUCGGGCCGGGGCCUGGCGGACGCCUACUGCCUGAGGUGAUAAUAGAUAAGGCAGCCACUGACGACAGCCCAACCACUGAUCUCGAAAUCAAGAAGAAGCUCUCAGGCUCUCUAAUGGUUUCCGUAGAGCAGCUUAACACAUCAUUUGGGCGCAAGGAGCGAGCUAACAGUGUCAUGAGUGCGUUAACCAACACAUUGGUUGAGGAAUUGGAAGAGUCUCAGAGGAAGUGUCCACCAUGCUGGUACAAAUUUGCCAACACGUUUCUAAUCUGGGAGUGCGGCCCUGUUUGGAUGAGGGUUAAGGAGAUUGUGAACCUGAUUGUGAUGGACCCUUUCGUAGACUUGGCUAUCACCAUUUGUAUUGUGCUGAAUACUCUCUUCAUGGCCAUGGAGCAUUACCCUAUGACGAAGCAUUUUGAGCAUGUGCUGACUGUCGGAAACCUGGUGUUUACUGGAAUCUUCACUGCCGAAAUGUUUGCCAAACUGGUUGCAAUGGACCCAUACUACUAUUUCCAGGAAGGUUGGAAUAUUUUUGACGGCUUUAUUGUGAGCUUGAGUUUAAUGGAGUUGGGCUUGGCUAACGUGGAAGGUCUUUCUGUGUUGAGAUCAUUCCGAUUGCUGAGAGUUUUUAAACUGGCUAAGUCAUGGCCCACCCUCAACAUGCUGAUAAAGAUCAUCGGUAACUCAGUGGGAGCUUUGGGAAAUCUGACCCUGGUGUUGGCCAUCAUCGUCUUCAUCUUUGCUGUGGUGGGCAUGCAGUUGUUUGGGAAGAACUACAAGGACUGCGUGUGUAAGAUCGAUAAGGAUUGUGAGCUGCCCCGCUGGCACAUGAAUGACUUCUUCCACUCAUUCCUAAUCGUGUUCCGGGUGUUAUGUGGAGAGUGGAUCGAGACCAUGUGGGACUGUAUGGAAGUGGCUGGACAGGCAAUGUGUCUCAUCGUCUUCAUGAUGGUCAUGGUCAUAGGGAACUUGGUGGUCUUGAAUCUGUUCCUUGCCUUGCUGCUGAGCUCAUUCAGCGCAGACAACUUGGCAGCUCCUGAUGAUGACGGUGAGAUGAACAACCUGCAGAUCGCAGUUAUUCGCAUCAAGAAGGGAAUCGCUUGGGUGAAGGCCAGAGUUCGAGAACUGGUCAACAUCAUCCUCAGGAGGAAGGUCACCGACGAGGCCAAGCCGCUAGACGACAUGUACGACCGGAAGCUGAACUGCAUCGCCAAUCACACAGGCGUUGACAUUAGCCGUGACCUGGACUAUCAGAAAAAUGGCAACGGAACCACCAGUGGUAUCGGCAGUAGCGUGGGCAAGUACAUGAUUGAUGACGACCACAUGUCCUUCAUCCACAACCCCAACCUGACUGUAUGCGUGCCUAUCGCUGUGGGCGAGUCGGACUUUGAGAAUCUCAACACAGAAGAUUUCAGCAGCGAAUCUGAAGCAGAGGGCAGCAAAGAAUUGGAUGAGAUCAGCUCUUCAGAGGGCAGCACCAUAGAUAUUAAACCAGAGGUGGAGGAAGCGGUGGUGGUGGAGGCAGUAGAGGAAUAUCUUGACCCAGAACCUUGUUGGACUGAAGCUUGCAUUGCCCGCUACAAGUGUUGUGAUGUGCCCAUCACGGAGGGCUGGGGUAAGAGUUGGUGGUUCCUCCGGAAGACCUGCUAUCUCAUUGUGGAACACAACUGGUUUGAGACCCUCAUCAUCUUUAUGAUCCUCCUCAGUAGUGGAGCAUUGGCUUUUGAGGAUGUGUAUAUUGAACAGAGGAAGACAAUCCGUAUCAUUCUGGAGUAUGCUGAUAAAGUCUUUACCUACAUCUUCAUAUUGGAGAUGUUGUUAAAGUGGGUGGCCUACGGUUUUGUCAAGUACUUCACCAACGCCUGGUGCUGGCUGGAUUUCUUCAUUGUUGACGUGUCUAUAGUCAGCCUUAUAGCUAAUGCGCUGGGCUACUCCGAACUAGGGCCCAUUAAAUCACUCAGGACACUAAGGGCCCUGAGACCCCUCAGAGCAUUGUCACGUUUUGAAGGGAUGAGGGUGGUAGUCAACGCCUUGGUGGGUGCCAUCCCUUCCAUUAUGAAUGUGUUGCUGGUUUGCCUCAUCUUUUGGCUGAUUUUCAGUAUCAUGGGUGUCAACAUGUUUGCGGGGAAGUACUACUACUGCUACAAUGCGACUGCAAAGGCAAUGUUCGAAAUUGAAGUAGUCAACAACAGAUCAGAGUGCCAAGCGUUGAUAGAUCAGAACAACUCUGAGGUGCGCUGGAGAAACGUCAAAAUCAACUUUGACAAUGUGGGUGCUGGUUACUUGGCUCUACUGCAAGUGGCAACCUUUAAAGGAUGGAUGGACAUCAUGUAUGCAGCAGUUGAUUCACGAAAGGUGGGAGACCAGCCAAAGUAUGAGGAUAACAUCUACAUGUACAUCUACUUUGUUAUCUUCAUUAUAUUUGGCUCCUUCUUCACACUCAACCUCUUCAUUGGUGUCAUCAUUGAUAACUUCAACCAGCAGAAGAAAAAGUUUGGAGGGCAGGAUAUCUUCAUGACAGAGGAACAAAAGAAGUACUACAAUGCAAUGAAGAAGCUUGGCUCUAAGAAACCUCAGAAACCCAUACCCAGACCCCAGAACAAGCUCCAGGGAAUGGUGUUUGACUUUGUGACACAGCAAGUCUUUGAUAUUUCCAUCAUGAUCCUCAUCUGUUUGAACAUGGUCACCAUGAUGGUCGAGACGGACGAUCAGUCACAAGAGACCGAAAACAUUCUGUACUGGGUUAACUUCAUCUUCAUCGUGGCCUUCACCUCUGAGUUUGUCUUGAAGCUCUUUGCACUGCGUCAUUAUUACUUUACCAACGGCUGGAACAUCUUUGAUUGUGUUGUGGUCAUUCUCUCUAUUGUGGGUAUGUUCCUGGCUGACCUGAUCGAGAAGUACUUUGUGUCACCAACGUUGUUCAGGGUAAUCCGUCUUGCUCGAAUCGGACGUAUCUUGCGUCUGAUCAAAGGAGCAAAGGGCAUUCGGACUUUACUGUUUGCCCUGAUGAUGUCACUGCCGGCCCUGUUUAAUAUCGGCCUCCUUUUGUUCUUGGUCAUGUUUAUCUUUUCUAUCUUUGGCAUGUCAAACUUUGCCUACGUCAAGCGGGAGUCUGGCAUAGACGACAUGUACAAUUUCGAAACAUUUGGGAAUAGCAUGAUCUGCCUGUUCAUGAUAACCACCUCGGCGGGGUGGGAUGGCCUUCUCGCUCCCAUUCUCAACUACCCACCGGACUGUGACCCGGAUAAGGAGAAUCCAGGUACCUCGGUGAAAGGAGACUGCGGAAACCCUUCGGUGGGCAUCUUCUUCUUCGUCAUGUACAUCAUCGUCUCGUUCCUCAUCGUGGUGAACAUGUACAUCGCCAUCAUCCUGGAGAACUUCAGCGUCGCCACGGAAGAGAGCGCCGAUCCACUUUGCGAGGACGACUUUGAGUCCUUCUACGAAAUCUGGGAAAAGUUUGACCCCACUGCCUCCCAGUUUAUCACCUUCGCCAAGCUGGGUGACUUCGCCGACACACUGGAGCACCCGCUCCGCGUUCCCAAGCCCAACACUAUAGAGCUGAUCGCAAUGGACCUGCCCAUGGUGAGCGGCGACCGUAUUCACUGCCUAGACAUCCUGUUUGCCUUCACCAAACGCGUGUUGGGUGACAGCGGCGACCUGGAUAUGAUGCGGCAACAGAUGGAGGAGCGAUUCAUUGCUGCCAAUCCUUCCAAAGUGUCUUUUGAGCCCAUCACCACCACUCUGCGCCGAAAGCAGGAGCACGUGUCUGCCGGGGUCAUCCAGCGUGCUUACCGUGCGCAUCUUAUUCGGAGAGGCUUCAUCUGCAAGCGCUUGCUCAGCAGCACCAGGCUGGAGAACGGCGGGACCAAUCAGGACAAGAAGGAGGGAACGCCUUCCACUGCCUCGCUGCCGUCCUACGACAGCGUGACCAAACCCGAGAAGGAGAAACUGGAGGAGAGCGAAGGCAAAGAGGGCAAAAACCAAAAAGAUGUCAAGGAGUCCAAGUGUUAGGAACGACGAGGACCGAACUGUUGAGUCCAGACUGAAACUAUCUAUUCCAACAAAUGUAUAAAAAAUCAUUUGCAACAAAAAAAACACAGAAAUCUUUGGGGAACAAGGUUGUUUACAGACAACAAAUGCACCGGUGCAACAGGAAAGCAGCUUGGUUUUUACAGAUUUAACGAUGACCAAACCAACUUAUGAGCUUACUGUCUUAAUUUGUGCUCCAUGACCAAGAUUUUACUCUUUCGACUGCGAGGAGAAACAAAACAGUGAUCUGUGGCAGACAUCUUUGAUAGGGACCACCUGCCAUAGGACAAACAAAGCAAGCUCAUAAGCUGGAUUCCUUUGCACCACCAUGCGUGGAGUUCAGCAUUCCUCUGCUAUGGACAUCCCUUUCAAACACUACACUGCCGAAAUCCCACGGAAACCUCCCGCUCAUCCCAGGAGGGAUUCUGGGAUGUUGUAUUGUAACCAUAGGAGAACCAGUAAUAACGACGUUAACUCAAUCAUGUGGAGUGUCCGUGGAACAAAAAAAGAACAAAAAAACAAAACAGAACAUUAUGCAAGGGUUUUCAGUUGUUGUGAUGAAUCUCUCACCUUAUUUGACCCACAAAAAGUAGGGGAAAAAGUUCAGCCCAUGUCAUUCAUCUCGUCAUCAUCUCUUUGUUAUACUUGCAGAAAAAAGACAUUUUAUACAUGGGCUUUCACAUCGAUAUCGGGUUGGGGAUUUAUCAGGGUUUCGACUUGGGCUGAAAGGGACUUACUCAGACUGAGUUCCUGGUAAAUAAAUAAUUACUUGUGCUCGUUCAAUGCAUAGAAAUGACUUGCAUGGUGGCAUGUUUUGAUCAGGAAUCAUGCAUGUAUAAUCAUAGUCCACUUGACACUGCUACUCAAACCACAUCAGUGGCUUGACCAUACAUUCGAUACUGUCCACUAGUUAUCAAAUUAAUAGAUAUAGCUGGGAAAUGAUUGGUCAAUAGCAGCAUAUUUAACUACUGGCUAUGACAAGUAUAUUUAUACUUACCCCUCGUAAAGCUUGCUUCCUGAUUAACUGAUUCUCACACCAUGCGUCACGUGCGUACUUUGAGGUGGUCGAGCAAAGCCGUUGCUUCGUUCGGAUACACAACGUGCACAUUCGCAACACCCGCAAGGGUGCUUCACUGCCCUGGACUUGAGGAAAACUCGAAAUUUGGAGAAACGAUUACACUCUAAACAAAUCUUGGACUCAUAAACCUUGAUUUGCUUUUUUGCACCAGCAAUAUAAUUCAACUGCCCCUCAAUGUGCAGCUGAGGCUCCGUAGGGCCUUCAAAUAGAUCUUCAAAAGGUUUAGCCACCAUGCCAUUUAAACCCUUACAAUGCUUUGUCAGGCCUAGGUGGGAGGCCACCUCUUCGAUUUUCCUGGAGUUACUUGUCUUCAUGUCAGCACAUCCUCAUGUUUACCAUUUAUAAAGAGGUUGUCAGUUGUGUUAGCAUCUUGUUUCGUGUUGAGGAAAGCACUCGAGUAGCCAUUUUGAAUGCAUCCUGUAGACAUGUAAUAGCUUUCUCCCUGUCGAAUGAAAAAAGUGACUGAUGUAUAUUUGGUAUAGCUUGGAUUAUACAUGUAAACUGGCCUUACGCAGAAGGGAAACUAGGAAGGCGGCACUUUUAGAAUGACGUGAUGGGUACUUGUGUUGUCUGAUAGCAUGCGGAUGAUCUUAGCCAGUGAUGGUGAUACUACAGAUUGGCUCGUUGCUACCUCCAGAGCAAACUGCCAUCCCUUCUUGCUCUGGGCGCAAUCGUAGUUGAUUCAGUUGCAGUAUUUUGAGUAUCGUUUCAUUACCUCUCCUAGUCGGGAAGGACGAAUGCUUAUCUGGUGUGGGCUAGCCCAGUGGAAGAUAACAUAAUCUCAAACUGCUGGGUCAGUAGACAUACGCCACCAGAGCCGGAGUGCGGGAGAGCACGCCAGUUUACAAACCCACUUCCUCUACUUUUCAGACCUGUAGGUCUGCUUACUGCCUGAGAUCUGUAAAUCAGCGUGGGUGCUGUGGACUUAAACCAAAUGAAGCCUGGUGAAACACUUAGACUACCGUGUAGUUUUCCCCCCCGAGAACUCCCAUUUUAGUUCAGAUGUGAAAUGAAAACACUCUCACUGACUGUAUGACAAGUUAAUGUAUCAUUCAAUGUACAGGAGGGGGCUAUGAUGUACAUGGCACAAUUGCUGAAAAGAAUGAACUUUUUGAGGAAAACUAUAAGCAUUGUAAUAUAUUAUUUUCUUUUAAAUGGCAUGCUUUGUUGUGGGUUUUGUAAAUACAGAAUUUUAAAAAAUUACUGCUAUUAAUCGAAUAAUAAAUUAUAACGAUGAUAUAGAAUGGCUUCCAGCUGAUGCCCUUGUCACCUAUUUGAAUUUUUGGUUUGUUUUUUUCUAACACAUUUCACUUUUAUUAAAAGGAAUUGAAUGAGAUGUAUCAAGAAUACUCUAUUAUACAAAGAAUAUAUGUAUACGUGUAUACUAUAUGUAUGACAGAAUACAUAUAAUAUACAUUUAAUAUGUAUGAAAGGAUAUACAAAUGAGCACUGUAAUAUUUCAUUUAUAUGCAACAUGUCCAGUGGAUGUCCAAAAAAAAAAUUAUGUUGGAGACGAACACACGCACGAUUGUUAUCAGCGCUGCUUGGAUAUUUAAACCUGAUUCUGUAUGACGAGAGGGUUAUGCAACCAGCACACCUCUGUAACCUUGAGGUUCUGUCGACACGCAUACUAACACACAUUUACACGUGAAUGCACAUAUAUGCGCCGUCCUGCCUAUGGACAUUUUGUGGUCACCCACCCGAGCCUGAAAGUCUAAAACCGUCACAGAGCAGUUCAUGUAUUCUACUCUAAAGGCCUCCCUUUACCGAAUACUUCAGUGGCGGUACUCGCGGGCCUGAGCGACCGUUUUGUAUGCAUUUCGUAUCCGGUUUUUAUGUGUUCAGUGGUCUGUUUCUAGUGCUACUUCACUAAUUGUCGUGUGCCUUUUUCUGCAUUUUCUCCAUGUUCCUACAUUUUCUGAAUUGCAUUUCACUUGCAAUUUUGGAGGAUGGUGCCAUAUUUAACGUUUAGUUGAUGGUGGGGGAAAGACGGGAGAAUUCAAAAUGGAGCACAAUGCAAAUCAGGGACUAUAGUCUGAACAAGGCGUCUGGUGUGUACUGCCAGAGGAACACUGAAACCAACCAAGAAAACAACAAGCCCACUUCUUCCAGAUUUGAUGUUCUGAAAUCUUCUGAUGUUCUGUUUUCUGUACUUUGUGUAUCAUCCACUUGGCUUGUAAAAAAACUAACAAAAAAAAAGUAUAGCUUGCCUUCAGACUUUUGUGUUCUUUCCAUCUUUGAAACUCACUUUUGUAUCGAUAUUCAGUUACUGGACUUCCAUUUUUAGCAUGACUAAUGCUUCCCAUUUUGCUGAAAAGAUUUCAAAAGUGCUUUUCAAACUGUUGUUUUGUUUGACACAGUGUUGUAGGAGGACAUAUAAUGGUGUGUAUGGCACAACCACUGGAACUCUUAGUAAGAACAUAUAAAAGAUUGUCUUCAUUUGAGCACGAAACUUUUUAACAAUAAAGCAGCCUUCCAGUUGCACAGAGUCGUCAAUGAUUUUGUCCAACGUGAACAAGGAGCCACAGACACAUUUAGUGCUACUACUAACACUUCAUCUAUUUUAUUCAUUCAUUCAUUCAUUCAUUUUGUAACUCUCUGCUCUUAAUUUACCCAAAAAUGAAAAAAGCUGGUCAUUAUUUGCUUAUCUUAUUCUACCUCUUCCAAUUCUGUAUGCAUUUCUUUCUUCUGUGGAACACAAUAAAAGCUAUUUAAUCAA